AUGGCGUCAAAAUAUGAUCCGGCUUCCUCUGCGACGCCAACCCAGCACCGCGUGCUGAAAGACGGGACUUCCUUUUCAAGCCAGGAGGAAGGCUCCACCGAUGGAAGCUGUCACGAUGUUGCCUCCAAGUCCUCCAAGAAUGGCAAACCCUCCGCGACCAGCAGCAGUAACUUCGGGCCCCGCGGUGCCUCUCUCAACACCUCCGGUCCUCUACCGGGCAGUUUCAGUUCCGAUUUGAAAACCGUCAACACCGUGCGCAGUAUUACCCCGAGACCUGAGCUCCCUUUUCUUUCCCGUUCCAUUGCUCUCGAUGGAGCCAACGUUUCAUCAACCGCGGAGGAGCGCCAGGCCGUUCUCCGCGGCAAGAUCGCGAAGGAACUGAAGAUUAAAGUUGGGACGGAGAAUAUGCUGGAGGCGCUGUUGGCGAAGAAUCUGAAGCAGACCAAGGAACAACGGCUGAAGGUCGAGUCGGAGCUUAGCUCGUCGAAUAUGAAAAUCGCACAGCUGCGACACGAACUAGAAGAGGAGCUGUUGCGGGCACAGGCCCAAACAUCACCCCCUGCAGGCCGUUUAUCUGCCAUGUUCCAUGGCAGCCCACUGCGAUCACCUUCUAUGGCAUCACAGGGCCCGGACGAGGGGAUGGAGAAUGGGGACGUGGAGACGGAAUCACCGACCUACGUCCUUUCAGAAACCCUACAGGAGCUGGAGACAAAGGAUAUGGUGUCGGAUUACUACGUGGAACGCGCUAAUAGUCUUGUGGAGUUGUUUAAGAGGCAUCCAACGUUAAAAUAUGACCUGGCCUGGCAUGUUUUUGGCUUGCGGGUUCAGGUGAUGUUACUUAGCAAUAGCAGGGAUGUCGUCGCGGCCGGAUACCGGCUUACACGUUAUGCGAUUGCCGAUCGAAGGUCCAUCCAAAUAAUUAGGUCCCUACAUACGGAUGAAUUGGUCAUGCUGUCCCUUGCGAAGGAGACUAAAGCUACCAUGGAACGUGAACAGGCGCUGAAAUUUGUCAGGGCCUUUCUUGAUGUUAAAGAUGGGGUUCGAGAGAUAUCACGUGGGGUGGUGAGGACGCUUGUUUCGAUCGCUGAACAUCGGGAUGAUCGUCUGAGAAACAUCUGUAUCAUGACACUGACGGAGAUCCUUGUGAAAGAUCCGGGCCUUCUAUUUUCUGCGGGAGGCAUUGGUAUUUUGAACGAUGCUCUCGGGGAAGGGCUUUUUGGCGCCUCGGAGAGUCUGGCAGCCGGCUUUAUACAUAUUCUAGACACUCCUUGCAGCAGGAAAUAUCUCCGCGCCGGCUGUGAGUUGGAAGGUGUUUUCGCUGCUUUCACCGACCCAUUUGGGGAUAGCAAUCACCAUGCAAGACUAAAAUCAUCUGCCAAAGUCAUCUCCUCAAUGCUCAAAACUUGGCCGGGCCUGUUAACGCUAUUGCACAACAAGGCAAAACCCAUUAAAUCAUUGCUAGAUUCUUUGCAAUUUCCCGUACCCCAGGCACGAGAUUUAAUCUUGGAACUUUUAUUUGAUGCUCUCCGCAUUAAACCUCCGUCAUGGUCAUCCUCGUUCCUUGCCGGACGGAGACUAACUACAUAUGGCAGAGUUACCAAUUUGAGAUCGGAGCCUGAUAGUAAACAACUCCGUGCGUUUUAUGAACAUGAAAACAACAACUUUGACCUUACAAUUCACUUCUCUACUUUAAUCCUUGCGGUGCUCAUUGAAGCAGGAUUGAUUAAGGCUUUGUCAAAUCUAAUAGAAGACGAAACGGACCUAUCACUGAAGAGGAAAAGCACUUUGCUGCUCACUGAGGUAUUGAAGCUGGCUCAUCAUUCUCUACCGCAAUCUAUCAGUGCCGAGCUUCAGGUUCUUCCUCAACUCCUUCCCUUCGCUAGCUCGCGAGAUACUGAUAACCAACAUGUGUCGACGUCGACUGUUUACCAAAUGGAGAGCAUCAACCGUACUCUAACUAGAUCAGAUGGGAUGCACGUCUCACCAGGCAAAUAUAUAGUGCACGCCGAUAUAUCUGCUUCAUUUCUCAGCUCUGACCAAGGAAAAUCCAAACUGAGUCCCACUAUGGACGAAGCACAAUUCCGGACGGCAAUUUUAGAUACCCAUGUCCUAAGCUCCGUUAAUUUCAUGAAGUGGAAAUGGGAUCUAAUUCACAGCAUCAUCGAAGGACCCUUGACAAACCCCAAACGCGUAGAUGAAGCAAUCAGAGGCUCGAAAUUUAUGAAACGUCUCAUGGGCUUCUAUCGCCCGUUUAAGUCUAGGUUUUCUAUGAUAAGAAACUCGAAGCCGAAUCAACGGUAUGUCCGUACAGGUUGUGCGCUCAUACGCACCCUGCUACAAACCCCCGAAGGUACCAAAUAUCUAGCGGGAAAUAAGCUCCUACGCCAGAUUGCCGAGUGCCUUGCCCAAGUCGACCGCAUGAGUGGGCUUACAUCACCGUCGCCUGUGUUUUCUCGGAACAGCAUCAGCGAGACGUUGAGUGGGGGUUACUUUGCGUUACUUGGGACGUUGAGCAGCGAACCAAGCGGGCUCCACAUGAUGGAGAGAUGGCAUAUGCACAACAUGUUUUACCACAUCAUAGAGCUUAGGGAUCGAAAUGAUCUCAUUCAGACUUUGCUUGGAAACAUGGAUUUCUCCCUCGAAAGUCAUCUGCGGAUCAUCCUUUCCAAGGCUCUAACAACGGGAUCAAAGGAUAUUCGCAUUUUUGCGACGAAGCUCUUGCGCAAAUACGUUGUGGGGAGUGUUUCGUUCCCCUCUCAGAUGGCUGAUAUUGGAAAUGGGGAGUGGGUUGUCAAAUUGCUCGUGACCCAGCUCUAUGACCCCGAUGUCGCUGUUUGCGAAGUCGCCGUUAAAAUUCUCGAGGAGGCCUGUAACCAAAGAAGUUGUCUUGAGUACGUGGUCAAAUGUCGACCAUCCCUAGAUCACCUCGGUGAAAUUGGUGCACCCUUGCUUCUUCGAUUCCUAUCCACGUCCGUCGGAUAUCACUACCUGGAUGGCCUCGACUAUAUCACCCAGGAAAUGGACGACUGGUUCCUUGGCCAGAACGACGCAUAUGUAGGACUUGUCGAAGCAUCGCUUUCACGUGCGUAUGUCGAUCAACCCCGACGCAACAGCUUUGCCUUCGAUGACAUCGUCGAUAUGCAGGAUAUCGGCCUCGUGCCUCCACAUUUCUACCGCGAGCUGGCACGGACGACCGAAGGAUGUAAGCUUCUCGAGCAGUCUGGCCACUUCGAUGAGUUCGCGUAUACGAUUCGCAACUUUGAUUUGGACGAGGAGGAUCCCGAGGUCCUUCUUAAGGUUAAAGGGUGUCUGUGGGCGGUAGGGAAUAUGGGGUCGAUGGAACUUAGUGCACCUUUUCUUGAGGAGACGGAGAUCGUGGAGUCGGUUGUGAGGAUUGCGGAAAAUGCGGGGGUGAUGACGAUGAGGGGGACGGCAUUUUUCGUGCUGGGGCUUAUUUCUCGGAGUCGGCAUGGGAUGGAGAUGCUUAUUGAGGCAGGUUGGGACGCUGCGGUGGAUCGCAAGGGGCAUUCGCUUGGGUCAUGCAUUCCUGUGGACUUGAGUAAGCUUUAUUCGGUUUCUUUCCCGGAGUACAAACCCAGCUUCGAGGAAGAACAGGCAGAGAAGGAAAGAUUCAAAGAAGCUGCCACGGACUCAGACCCUGUGCGUCAAAAAAUACUGAAUCUGAUAAUUGACAUGGGCAAUACCGUUCUGUCCAAGCGGGCAGCAUCAGAUCUUCACAAUCUCAAAGCCAAAAAACCAGAAUACUUUCGCCAGAUCCCCCUUUUCCGAAAAAUCCUGGUCCUGUUCGAGAGUCACCAUUUUAGACUUCCCGCACGCCGCUUUGCGCUGGAUCUCUUUGACAAGAGCGUCUUGAACCGCAUAGUGCGUGGAGAGGGCGUUGACAUCGAUGAUGACGACGACGAUAACGACAAUGCGUCGGAUUCUGAUAUUCAUGUCCACACAUCUCUUGAGCCUUAA